CUUGGACAUGUCAUAUGAUUAAGUUUGCCAGAAAUGCUCUAGCAGAAGUAUCUGCUAUUGAGUCUCCAACUGGCAUUAUUAGACGGCAUUUCAUUGAGCAACUGAACAAGGUACAACAAGAAGAAGGUAUGACAUUUGCCAACAAACUAUCAGGACAACAUAUAAGUAGUGUAAAUAGAAAAAUGAAUGUUUCAUUAGCUGCACAGACUUUUUUGAGUUCUAGCGUGGCAGAUAGUAGAGAGUUUUUGAGGAGGGUUGGUGAUCCGAAUUUUAAAGGAAGUGAAGCAACAGUAGAAUUUUUGUAUUAUAUUGAUAGGAUUUUUGAUAUUCUGAACUCCAGAAAUCCAUUAGGUAAAGGGUAUAAGAGCCCCCUGAGACUUGACAACAAAUCUUAUUGGCUAUUUGUUGUUGUAUAA